GUGAGUUCCUGUGACGUUUUGUGUAUGUUCAAUGAUAAAUAGAUAUAAGGUUAUUUAACUAACUGAAAGCCAAGGAUAACUAAGGCCAGGAUGGAGCUCCCAGUGCUGGACAAGUUCUGCUUUAUAUUCGAUCUGAGAACAGGAUGUAUCGUCAUGGGGAUCAUAAAUUCGAUCCUGACCUUCUUACUGGCAUUGAUACUGAUCGCAUUCGCUGUGGAUAUCAAGAGUGCCGCUGAGUUGAAGAAGGAUGAUAUGGAUGGCAUGUCCUCUGUGCUCUAUACCAUCGUUGUCCUUCUUGUCGUGUUGCUCUUCCUCAAGUUCCUACUGCAUUUCAUCUUCGUGUGGGCUGUGUAUAAGGAGAGAUGUAGUAUCAUGAAGAAGUACUGCAUCUUUUGGAUCGUGUUCCUGGUGCUUUACAUCAUCGGUUUCUUAAAGUCGCUGUUCCACAUGGGCGCUGGGCACGUCAUCGCACAGAUACUAUUCCUAGCUGAGAAUUUCUACUACAUCGUCGUGAUCCGAAGUUAUUUGAUAUCAAUCAACGAAGACGGUGUUUUGUAAAAUUAUAACGAUCUUCUGUUUUCUUUUAUAAUUAUAAUGAAGGAAAC